AUGUCCAAGCUUCCUCAGUAUUCCCAAUCACAAGACGAUCAAUCUGCUACACAACCGCUGUUGGGAUCCGCAAAUGAACGAUCCCCCGCGAGUAAAAGCUCCGGUGUACGCCACUAUGCACAUGACAGCAGCAAUCGGAACGUCUACAGCACGUUUCAAACCCCCACGGUCGCAAAUGCUCGAACCAAAACGAAACAGCCCAAUCGUACCACCAAAACCUCCCAAAAACUAAAGCUGUUUCCGGAAGAUGGCAAUCAGACAUUGCUUAUGCCUGAAGAGUUUGACGCCGACGUAUACAGCCAACUCGCAAAGAUCCCACAUGGUAGUGCGAAAGUGGAGGCCGAGAAGAUCAGCAAAAUGAACAAAGACGAGCUUUCGCGAGUUACUGCAUACUGCACAUCAUCUGCGUACCUUAUGGAUCAGUUGAUCAAGUAUCUGAAAGCAAGGAAAAGUACGAACGGAUGCGCACCAAAACGCUUUGACGAAUGCCUGUAUACCACUUAUGCAUCAAAUUAUCCUUUACUCCCCCCACGUUCCGACGACACUGGGAGUAACAUCCAAAGAGAGCAGCCAGUUUUACCCGAAAUAUUUUUGUUCGACUACGGUGUUGUGGUCUUUUGGGGAAUGACUUUGGCAGAGGAGCAGCGGAUAUUAAAGGAUUUGGAGCCAUACGAGGAGGCCAAGUUAGAUCUGAACGACAUCGAGGUUGAAGAAUUUCACUAUUACUAUGACGAAGGGUGCCAGCCACGCAUUUACAACGAUAUUAUUACGCUGCGGCAUCCGUCCAACUAUCUAGUCAAGCUAACUAUCGCUCACGCGAUUGCACAAAGCGUCAAAAUGACCCUCUUUGAACGCUUAAUCGAUGACACAAUUAACGAGACCAAGUAUAUACCGCAAGUGAUGGCUGAGAGCGGAAAUAUUCGCAUGUCGAGAACGGCUAUAACCAAGAAGAUUGGUCAAUUAUUCAUUAUGCGGAUCAACGUGAACCUAGUAUCCAAUAUUCUUGACACACCCGAAAUAUUCUGGUCUGAGCCUGCUCUCGAACCACUGUACAGUGCAAUCAGAGGUUAUCUAGAAAUAUCUCAACGCGUCGAGCUGUUAAACCAGCGAGUUGAGGUUAUCAGCGAUCUUUUAGAGAUGUUGAAAGAUCAUUUAAAUAGUUCUCAUGGUGAACACUUGGAGUGGAUCGUUAUCUGGCUGAUUGCAAUGGAAAUCGUUGUCGCUGUAAUAACCACCUGUCUAGAUGCAUUCAGCCUUUCGCACGAUUAG